UCAGCCUGCUCAGCCCAGCGCCAACACGUACGAAGCGCAGUCCACAGCGGCUGAGUCGGACCGACGACGACGACCAGUACUGCCGCGUUCCUGCUAACUUGCUAGCUGCAGGCAAGCAGCGCAAAGCGCGACCGCGCGAGCGCGUCAAUGUCUGGACCGAGGGUGCAGCCGCCGAGCCUCGAGCUCAACGUCAGGGUCGUCGGGGUGGAAGGCCUAGAGCAGGAGCAGCUGGAGCGCGGUGGCGGCGGUCUCUUCCUGAGGUACUACGUGCCGGCCGGCGGCGGGGACGGGCGGCGGCGGCUGCGCGUGGACACGCGCGAGGCCCCCUGCGGCGGGGCCCUGCGCUGGGGCGAGCUCGCGCGCUUCGAGCGCUGGGGCGGCGGCGCGGCCGGGCCCGCGCCGCCGAUCGCGUUCGAGCUGCGCUGGCGGCGGCCGCGGCCGUCCGCGUCCGGCCUGGCGGCGUUGCUGUCGCUGGGGACUGGAGCGCGGGCGAGGCCGUCGCGGGUGCUGGCGCGGGCCGAGCUCCCGUGGGCCGACGUGGCGUCGGCGGCGUCGUCUCAGCCGGCGGAGAGGUGGCUCACGCUCUCGCCGGUGGGCCGCGAGCUGCGUGGGCGCAAGGCGCCUAGGCUGCUGGUCGAGGUCGAGGCUGUCCACGCCGUUGCCGCUGAUCAUCAAGUGGCGGAGAGGGCGCCCGGCGCCGGCGGCGCCAUGGCCGAGUGCUGCCGUGCUGGCGAGCGAUGUGGCCAGUGCGGCUGGGUUGGGAGCGAGGAGGACAUGUUCCUCGCAGCAACGUUCGGCUAGCAGCACUAGGCUACCUCAAUUGUCAAUUCAAUUCUCACAGCAAAAAUAACAACUUCACACACUCCCAUGUCAGCACCUUAACUUCUGCUCCAAUUUUGAGAAUUG